AUCUUUGAACUGACUGAGAAUACGGCAGUAGAGAGUCACUCCUGUCGUAGCAAAGCGCUGAUAUCAUGGCUUCUUCCGAGGUUCACCAUCUCUUCCACUCUCCCAUCGCCGACCAUUCCUUCUCCCAUGACAAAGGCACCCUCGCUGUUGCCCGCGACAAUAGCGUUGAGCUCUACCAACUAUCAGGCAACAAGUUUUCUCUACAAGAUGAAUUGAAAGGCCACGAUAAGACAGUCACCGGUGUUGACAUCGCCCCGAAUAGCGGGCGCAUUGUUACAUGCUCUCAAGACCGUAAUGCUUAUGUCUGGGAACGGACUGCGAACGGCUGGAAGCCUACCCUGGUGCUUCUUCGGAUUAAUCGCGCCGCAACCUUCGUUCGCUGGUCUCCUUCUGAGCAGAAGUUCGCUGUCGGUUCAGGAGCCCGUGUAAUUUCGGUUUGCUAUUUCGAAGAGGAUAAUGACUGGUGGAUAUCGAAGCAUCUCAAAAAGCCCAUUCGGAGUACCAUUACGACUAUCGCUUGGCAUCCAAACUCUGUUUUACUCGCAGCUGGAUCUACCGACUCUCAUGCUAGGGUCUUCUCGAGUUACAUCAAGGGUAUUGAUGAGAGACCCGAACCAUCAGCUUGGGGGGAGCGUCUGCCUUUCAACACUGUUUGUGGCGAGUUUCUGAACAAUUCAGCCGGUUGGGUACAUGGUGUUGCCUUUUCACCUAGUGGAAAUGCUCUUGCAUUCGCGGCUCAUGACAGUAGUAUUACCGUCGUCUAUCCGAGUGCCCCUGACCAGCCGCCGCGAGCGAUGUUGAACAUAAGCACUCGGUUGCUACCAUUUACAAGUCUCAUCUGGAAUGGGGAAGAUGAGAUAAUUGCAGGUGGUCAUGACUGCGAGGUUUAUCGACUCCAAGGCGACGAGAACGGAUGGCAGCUAGCCGGGUCAUUAGAAGCCAAACGCGAUCAGUCUGGUGCUGUUCGUGAGGAGUCGGCCUUGAAUAUGUUCCGUCAGAUGGACCUCCGUGGUCAGGCUCAGAGCAACACUCGACUUGACACAGUCCACCAGAAUACGAUCAGUACCCUCCGUGUUUACGAAGAGCAAGGCGGCAAUGUUCGGAAGUUCUCUACGAGUGGUGUUGACGGAAGAGUCGUUGUUUGGACCCUGUAAAGUGUAUAAAGUCAGUGUCCAGAAUUUGACUAUUACAACGCAUAUCUUGAUAGACAUGAAUACUUAUAAAAGAUGUGAAAAGA